AUGCAGGCCAAGUACAGCAGCACAAGGGACAUGCUGGACUUUGAUGGGGAUACCAUCAGGAGUGUGCCAUCUCGAACCUCUUCUACAACCCAGCGGCCAGAGGCUGGGCACACAGAGCGCCGGCCUCCCUCUUCAGUUUGGCGUCCAGUGGCCCUGACCCUGCUGACUUUGUGUUUGGUGCUGCUGAUUGGCCUGUUAGCCCUGGGGCUUGUGUUUUUUCAGUUCUAUCAGCUUUCCAAUACUCAGCAAGACAGCAUUUCUCACAAGGAAGAAAGAUUGGGGAAUCUCUCCCGACAGCUGCAGUCUCUCCAAACCAAGAACAGGAAGCUUGCAGAAAUCCUACAGCGCGUGGCUGAAAAACUGUGUCGAGAGCUUUAUAACAAAAGUGGAGAACACAGAUGCAGUCCUUGUCCAGAAGAAUGGAAGUGGCAUGGGGACAAAUGCUACCGAUUCUGUAGAGAGAGCAAGAAUUGGCAGGGCUGUGACUAUUUCUGCAUCGCUGAGAACGCGACCAUGCUGAAGAUAAACACACAAGAAGUGCUGGAGUUUGCCAUGCCUCAGAGCUACUCUGAGUUUUUCUACUCUUAUUGGACAGGGCUCUCUCGCAACGGCAGUGGCAAAGCCUGGCUGUGGACUGACGGAGCCCCGUACUCCCCUGAACUGUUUGAGAUUAUAAUAGAUUUUACAAGCCUAAGAAGCAGGGACUGUGUGACCAUCCUCAAUGGAAAGGCUUUCUCGAAGGACUGCAAAGAGUUGAGGCGGUGUGCAUGCGAAAGAAAGGCGGCCACGGUGAAGCCCGAGAGCCUCCAUUAGCUUCCCUGAGCUAUUAUAUGGAGGUGAUGGACUCUCCCACCAUAACUGCAAUGUCAAGCUCCCUUCAGGGAAACUGAAGAUCAGAACAGAAGUCAAUCUCUUUAUGUGCAGCUGUAAGAGUUUGGUUUUAGUUCCUAUUUUUCCCCAUGUGAU